AAGCGACGUUUAAAUAUGGUUGCUCAACUGAUUAAUGCUGAGGCCAGUACCUUUUACGUAGUUAAUUCUGAAACUGGUACUUCAUAUGCGGUUAAUGCAGAAGUCAGUAUCCCUUAUACGGUUAUGAUUGAUCAAGUAGCAAAUAUUGAAAGUAGCACUUCCUAUGUGUUUACUGCUGAAGCUAUUAUCUUUGGUGCAGUAAAUGCUAAAUUCAGUAUCUUCUACGUGGUUAGCUCAUAUAUGAUUGAUACUGAGACUAACGCUCUCUGCAAAAAUGCAGUUUAUGAUGAAGCAACUACUGAGGAGGUUAACAGUAUAGGUGAGAUGCAACACGAUUUUUCUUUACUAAAACUUGGUUAUAUGUUUCUUUCAUGGGAUGAUGUUGAAGCUUUUUUAAAGCUUAUGUUUGGAGGAAAAUAUAUACCUAAGAAGAGUAUCGACAUUAAUGCUCACCGCAACCGACAAUCAAAACGUAAAGGAUUUACAACAUUUGUAAAUACCCACAACCAUAAACUUGAUCCUGAAAAGUGUAAAUACAAUGCUAAGUUCAGAUCAAUUGGAGACAAAGCAUUGAACGAUAUUGAGUUUUAUACAAAAAAUAGAAAUCUUUCGAUUACUAUACAGCAUCAAUUACUAAAAGCAAAGUACCCUGAUACAACUUUUUUAGAUAUGAAUCUCACUAACGCUAUUCAACAUUAUAAAGUUAAGUCUAAAGAUCUUAAAAAUGAUGCCUCACAGCUUUUAUUAUAUCUUACUGAGAAGCGUUCAGAAGAGUCAGGUUGGAGUGUUGAAUUCGA